AUGGAAUCCUCCCAAGGCGCAACGAGUAUUAGCCAGCUUGUUCGGGUAUCUGAUGGCCUUCCUCUGACCGUGAAAGAGUUUGUUUGCCGCUACAGUGUCGACGGACCUCUUAUAUCGUUCAAGGAUGGUCUUCCCAUCAGCAAGGUGAAACAGGAUAAAGUUAAGACCGUAGUUCUUCGCUACGGAAGUAGCGCAUCCUCUUGGAACACUGACGCUCUACUCGCCUUCCGCGUGGUUCCAAUCCGUGGUCUACACCCCUCCAGUAUCAUUCCAUGCUACAAUGAGAUUGAAAGGCUCCAACCUCUUGCACGCAAGGAUAUGCUCGAUCAACUUUGCAAGCCAUCGGCAGCAGAUCUUGGCUACAUCACACACGAUAAACUCCCAUCGAACCUACCUGCGCUUCGGAAUCGUCAAGAAAAGGUGAAGAGGGAACAACUUCGACGGGAGAGAACUGGCGAGGAGGCGUUCGUGGAUCACAGCCCUGAUUCCACGACAAUGGAAGCUGGCUACCUCCGAGAUUUCAUUUCGAACCCAUUUUUAUCCGUCUUCACCGCCAUCCGAGACCUUCGCAGCCGUCAAUUGGCCGAGAAAUAUCAAGACUCGAAGAACUUCUCUCUUAAGAUGUCGACUCAGGCGCACGAAAAUAAAUCCGAGCAGAGCAGCGAAGAGUUACUACAUCGUCUAAUGGAGAUUAUUUUGCUUCUUUCUCAAGACGCAGGCGAGGAUUGGCUGCGAAGCACGCCGGCGCAUCUGAAGCUUCAUGUGAACGUUCCCUCGGGAGAGGAAGCUCCUGAUCCGUUCGAUCAAAAUGAUAUCUCUGUGACGAACAACAAGACCAUCGUAAAGGAUCUAGGAAUCAUGAUCAAGUGCACAGCCAUUGACGAUGGAUAUCUGUACCUCAGCCGCUACGGAAAAGUGACCGGAAGUAACAGGUUUUCUGAAGUGCCUGUUCUUCGAUACGAGGCGAAGAGAUUCCAGAAGUUGAAAAAGGCAAAGGCUCAGGAGGCAGACGGAUCAGACACAGACACAACGGAACUCGAAGAAGAAAUAGAGAUCACGAACGAAAAGCCUAAAGAAGAACAGGAUCAACCCAAGAAUAAGAAGGCUGGUUCGAACGUUCACGUCGACGAUGGGAUCACAGCCCAACAAUUCGCUGAAAUGCUCACAUCUAUCAUAGCCAACGAGACAUAUAUGACCGAACGUGCUGCACGACUUCAGACCGCUUCCACUUUCAGAACGACAUCCCUGAGGAUGAACCUGUCACCCUCGCAGCUGCGAGUCCUCAAGGAGCAGCAGAGGAAGGAUCGCGUGUCGGCGAAGGACAAGGAGAGGAAUAAUCGCGUAUUGGAUAAGGAACAGGUGAGGGACGAUGCGAGGUCGGACACAAAGGAGAAUCGCCGUCGAGCUAGACAGAAAUCACGGUCUGACCGAGAGCGAAUGACGAAGAAGAGGGGGGAGCGAGCUCCAAGAUAUUCUCGUCUAGCGUCUAGAGACUGGGUAAUCUCAGUGCACCCUGAUGAGGCCUCGGGAGGGUCACCAGAUGGGGAGUUGCAACGUGAAGUAGAGAAGCGUUUUGAUCUAGAAUCUGAGGGAGAUUCAGAGCGGGAAGAUGAGGAAUGUUCGCACGAGGGCUCCGACCUAGGGUUAGAGACAAACUCCGUGAAUCCCUCAAGGUCGAUGAACGUCGAUCUUGAGGGGUUUCAAAUUGGCACAUUCAACGUUCGCAUCGCACACAUGUCUCUCAGCAUUGCUCGCCUCUACGCCCCAGGGCCCUACCUAGACGCCAUCACGUCGAAUCACCAGCUAACCUUCACCGACCCCAUUGUCUACUCUCAGAGGACGGAGGAGUUUAACCUUCUGCACCGUGAAGGUAGAGCAAACGCAGGGAAAGCGAUUUGGGCUCUUCUGGCGUACUUGAAAAGUGGUGAAGCACUUAACGACCACUGCUUCACACCCGUACUACAGUACCCGGUGUCUAUCCGGCCUGGUACGGACCACAUCAAGGCAGUCAACCGCGAAGUAGUCCCACACGCGGGAUUUUUAACUUCGGAUCUUCGUGUUACAUGA